ACACUUCUACAACAUCAAAAGAACGCCCAAAAAAUAACCAUUCAUCAGAUAAAUAAAAUAAAGAAACAAGAACACCCCCCAUUUCCAGUUUAGGGUUUCAACAGAUACUUAAAGAGAAGCAAAUCAAACAAAAAACAUGCCAAAGAACAAAGGUAAAGGAGGUAAAAACAGGAAAAGAGGUAAAAAUGAAGCAGAUGAUGAGAAAAGAGAACUUGUUUUCAAAGAAGAUGGACAAGAAUAUGCACAGGUACAACGUAUGUUAGGUAAUGGUCGUUGUGAAGCUAUGUGUAUUGAUGGAACAAAACGUCUUUGUCAUAUACGUGGUAAAAUGCAUAAGAAAGUUUGGAUUGCUGCUGGUGAUAUCGUUCUUGUUGGACUUCGUGAUUAUCAGGACGACAAAGCUGAUGUGAUCUUGAAGUACAUGCCUGAUGAGGCCAGGUUAUUGAAGGCAUAUGGAGAGUUACCGGAGAACACAAGGCUUAAUGAGGGUAUUGCUAAUGGUCUGGAUGAGGAGGAUGAUGCUGCUGUGGAUGAUUACAUUGAAUUUGAGGAUGAAGACAUUGACAAAAUAUAAAUCUGAACUCAAACUGCUGUUACUGAGGGGUAGAAAUGAGGGAUUUGGACUCAAUUCAUCUACUACCGCUUUUGCAAUGGUUUUGUAAGGUGAUGCUGGAUGAUGAAUUUGGUUUAGGAACUGAAUUAAAUGGUCCGACAUGCUUCCUUCUUUUUAUUUUGCUUGUACACUGUUUAUUUUGAGGGUUGCAUGCUGUUUGAACAACAGAGUUUUGAAAGGAAUCAACUUAUGGCAAAAGCCAAGGUUUCUCACAGGGACCAAUGGUAUAAUGCUGCCUUAUCAAGACUGUCAUUCUUGGGGUUUUAGGGGAUUAAUUUGUGUUGCUGUCUCACAUUGCUUUAAAUAACACUUUAUAAUCA